CUUCAGCAUUUAGGUUGCUUUUCCCUGUGGAGUUUCUUUAGUUCGUAAUCCUAAGAAUCACUCCUUCUGUAUCUAAAUGAAAAAAACCGAAACCCACCCCGGGAAGCAAGAAGAAACAAAACCCGAAUAUCACAACGAAGAAAUUCCCCCCAUUGCUUCGACGGUUCCUUCAUCUCUAUCUAUAUAAAAAAAUCCGACCCGCCAGCCAGCCCACUAACCCGCUUCAAAACUGCUUCACCUGCGCUUCAUUUCAUGCCCCUUUCCUCCGAUUGUACAUUUGUACUUGUAGCUUUCUCUCUCCCCUUCCUUCUUCCGUAGGCUUGUUUUCUUGUAGUUACGUGCGAGCUCCCCCAUAAUCCCCACUGCAAUUCCCUGAUAAUACCCCUUGUCCAUGGCUGCCACCACCGCCACAAUGACCGGCGAUCGGUCGGAGAUAGCUUUCUUCGACGUCGAGACCACCGUUCCCACCCGAACCGGCCAGGGAUUCGCUCUCUUAGAAUUUGGAGCCAUCUUGGUCUGCCCCAAAACCCUCGUCGAGCUCCACAACUACUCCACCCUCAUCUGCCCAUCAAACCCUUCUCUCAUCUCUACCUUGUCAGUCCGCUGCAACGGCAUCACCCGCGAGGCCGUCACCACGGCCCCUUCCUUCUCCGACAUCGCCGAUACAGUCUUCGACAUUCUCCAUGGGAGGAUUUGGGCGGGGCAUAACAUUCUGAGGUUUGACUGCCCCCGAAUUAGAGAAGCUUUUGCUGAUAUUGGGAGGUCGCCACCAGAGCCCAAGGGAACUAUUGAUUCCCUCGCCUUACUGACUCAGAAGUUUGGUAGGAGAGCUGGUGACAUGAAGAUGGCUUCUCUGGCUACAUACUUUAAACUUGGAAAGCAAACGCAUAGGAGCUUGGAUGAUGUUAGGAUGAACCUUGAAGUUCUGAAAUAUUGUGCUACUGUCUUAUUCCUGGUAACUCUCAUCCACGAUGAGUCAAGUCUCCCAGAGACAUUUCCAGAAAACAGUUGGGUUUCACCCAAUGCUAUUACUAGAAGUCGCAGAGCAAGCAAAUCAAUGAUUGACACAACAGACUCGAACGGGAACACUCCUUCGAGUUCAGAGUUGGAGAGAAUCCCAGAGUUGACUCCUGGAAAUAAUGGAAUGGAGGGAAAUCAUCCAAUAUUGUCUUUUGUGACGAGCAGCAGUGUUGUUCACGGAAAUACAGACCCUUUCGACAUGAGCCUACUCAGAGAUGAGGUGAAUACUGAGUCAUUGGAAAGGGAUGUCUCGAUGGAAGAAAAUCCUGUCUCAGAAUCUUCCGAAAUGCUUUCAGCAGCAGCAACUGUUUCCGAGAUCUUACAGCUUGAAGAAGUUGAUGUUCCUUCUAUCAAGGCAUCUUAUGUUCCGCAUCCCCGUGGAGGCGAAAAGAUGAAAUUAUUACACAAGAAUGGUGAUUUUGAGCUCCAUUGCCCUUGUUUAAAGGUCCGGUUCGGACUCAGCACAAAGUUUGUGGAUCAUGCUGGAAGGCCACGACUGAGUUUCAUGGUUGAUGCAUCUCCAAGUUUAUGUAGAGUUCUGGAUGCUUGUGACAAACUAGCUAUGAAUCUAUUCCAAGGUUCAGGUAGUGAAUCUAAUUGGAGACAUGUUGUGGUGCGGCAUGACAAAUACACCAACUACCCUAAAGUGAGGAUCAACAUACCCACUUUGGUAGACGGGAAUGUGGCUCAAUAUGCGACAGAGAUGUAUCAGAAAGAGGGAUCAGGAACCAUGCAAAAGCUCGUAUUUAGCAAAUUUGAUCCGGAGGAGCUUGAGCCAUGGCUCAACCCAGGGACCUUUCUGGAUGCUUACCUCUUCCUGGAUACCUACGAUUAUCAAAACCGUGCCGGGAUCCGAAUAGUGGCGAAGAAAUUGGUGAUCCAUAACGAGUGACAGCAGAAGCACGUUAGCUUUUCUCGUUAGAUGGUUGGCUGCUCUGCAGGCUCUGUAACAAGUAGGCUUUGACAAAUUGUUCGCCGAAGGACAUUUAUUUGCAAUUGUUAUACUUGCUCAUUUGUUAAUUUACUUACUUUUAAAGUUAGGGAUCAGCUGACAAUAAUAUUGCUUCACUUAUUAUUAAAGACAUCAUCUUUGUAGACAAUUGGAUAUGUUACCUCGAGACUGG